AUGGGCCUGGCGGCAUCGGAGGCGUGCGGGAUGCUGAGCGGGAGGAGAGACCACAGCCUCCAGGCAGGGCCCAUGGACAUGCUGAUGGCUGCCGCCCAGGCAGCGCGCACGGGCAUGCCGAUGGCUACCGCCCAGGCAGCGCCCAUGGGCAUGCCGAUGGCUACCGCUGAGGCAGCGCCCACGGGCAUGCCGAUGGCUACCGCCCAGGCAGCGCCCAUGGCCAUGCCGAUGGCUACCGCCCAGGCAGCGCCCAUGGGCAUGCCGAUGGCUACCGCCGAGGCAGCGCCCACGGGCAUGCCGAUGGCUACCGCCCAGGCAGCGCCCAUGGGCAUGCCGAUGGCUACCGCCCAGGCAGCGCCCAUGGGCAUGCCAAUGGCUACCGCUGAGGCAGCGCCCACGGGCAUGCCGAUGGCUACCGCUCAGGCAGCGCCCAUGGGCAUGCCGCUGGCUACCGCCCAGGCAGCGCCAAUGGGCAUGGCUGCCGCCCAGGCAGCGCCAAUGGGCAUGGCUACCGCGCAGGCAGCGCCCGUGGGCAUGCCGAUGGCUACCGCCCAGGCAACGCCGGUGACGGAGCAGCAAGCGCGGAUGGAGCUGCCGGGGAAGCGAAAGAGCUUGCUGGUGGGCAUCAACUACUACGGGACCCAGGCUGAGCUCAGUGGAUGCGUGGCCGACGUCAAGAGGAUGCGGCCCUUGUUGGAGCAGCACGGCUUCCCAAGUUCCGAGGACUGUCAGAUGGUGCUCUUGGACGAGCCUGGCUGGCCCAAGCCGCCCACCAAGGCGAAUUUGCAGCGAGCCAUCCGAUGGCUCACCCAGGAUGUACAAACAGGAGACGCUUUGUUCUUUCAUUACUCUGGUCACGGCGGGCGCGAAGAGUCCUAUACCGCCGCCAGCGGCUACGUGGAGACCAUUUGUCCCGAGGACUACGAGGUGGAGGGGAUGCUUUUGGACACUGAGCUCUUCGACACCUUGGUGAGGCCUUUGCCCGCCGGGUGCCGCUUGACCUGUCUCAUGGACUGCUGCCACAGCGGCGGUGUGCUGAACCUUCCCUACCUCUUCACUGGCACCCAAGAGAACCUGAAGCAAGCCCUGGCCGGCAAGGCGGUGUCCAUGGCGAUGUCCAAGGACUGGAUACGGGACCUCCGGGCGAUGCAGUCCGGCGACCCGGUGGCCUUCCUGCAGGACGCGGCCUCUAUGGGCCUCGGCCUUUGGGGCCUCUGGAAGCAGCGCAAAGCGGCCGAGAAUGCCGACAGCAGCGGCUUCGCUACCGACGAGGAGGAGAACGUGGGCCUCGCCGUGGGGGAGGUGGUUGCGAUCACCGGCUGCCGCUCCGAUCAAACCAGUGCGGAUGUGGGGGACGUCCAGGCGCAGUUCCGCGUGCAGAACGGGCGUGGCUCCUUGCAGACGGCCGGUCGCAUCGGCAAGGCCGGGGGCGCCCUCACCGCGGUGUUCCUGGAAUCCCUCAAGGAUGCAGAGUCCUUCACCUACCUCACCCUGCUGGAGAGGAUCCGGGCGCGUCUGGAGGAGGAGGACUUUGAUCAGGUGCCCCAGCUGGCCACGUCGCUGCUCAUCGAGUUGAAUCAGCCCUUCUCCCUGGCGACGGUCUCUUUGCCCAGCCAGCCCAGCGCCAGCGCGCCCGGCGCCCGCUCCGCCGGGGGCGAUGGCAGCGGCAUGGCAUCCGCGGUAGGCUCCUCGGCGCUGCUGGCGGGAUUUAUGGCCUCCAUGGCGGCAGCCCCCCACGGCCAGCAGAUGCUGAGUAGCGCCCGCCGCAGCUCGGACGGGGGAAUGCCCUACGCCAAGCUGCUGGGUGGUGUGGCAGGCUUCGACGGGAACCAGCUCUUCGGGGCCCUGCAGGGCCUCAAAGCAGCGUCGAGCUGGAGGGAAGCUGCGAACGCGCACCUGAGGAGAAUGAGCUCUGGAGGUGAAGAUGAGGUUCCGCACUCGGACGGGGGAAUGCCCUAUGCCAAGCAGCUGGGUGGAGUGGCAGGCUUCGGCGGGGACCAGCUCUUUGGGGCGCUGCAGGGCCUCACAGAAGAGUCGAGCUGGAGGGAAGCGAGGAGAGUGAAGUCUGGACGUGCUCGGGGCUUGACGGAGGAUGAAGAUGAGGAUGAGAACGAACACGAGGACGAGGACGAGGAUGAGAAUGAGGAAGACGAAGAUGAUGAUGAGAACGAACACGAGGACGAGGACGAGGAUGAGAAUGAGGAAGAAGCUUUGUCCAAGACGGCGUCACUUUGCGCGCUGGCGCAGGCCUUCCUCGCAACCCAACGACGCCAGGUGUCCUUGCUUCGCAUGAAGGUGCCGCCGCUGCCGCAGCUCUGGGCCUUCCUCACAGCCUUCGGAAACGGGAAGCCCAGGCCCCACAGAGUUCGCUCCAAGCAGCACCAAGCCCGGCACUUGGCGCGCCACUUUCAGGAGCUGUGCCGGCUUCAUUUGGGCCUGAGCACUCUCCAAGCCAGGUUGGAUCAGCUGCCUAACUUGCUGCAGCCACCCCUCGGGAAGGUCACAGAACUACAGCUCCCAGGAGUACUUGGCGACGGCGCGGAUGUGGUUGGCACAUAUGCCCAGAGCGGCGCGAUGGCAAGCUUAAAAGAGGCCGGCAGGAGAAUGGAGGAUAACGUCGAGCGGUGGCAGCUGGUUCGCAUCGGCCGCAUUGCCAUGCUGCAUCAGGACGUUUUCGGUAAAGACCGGCAGAAGUUGAGCCUCGUGAAGAGGGCCCGUAAGACUCGUGUGAACCUCAACCGGGUCUAUUCCAUCGGACCGCAGCGCGUUGAGGGCUUGCUGGAGGGGGCGGCGCGCGUGCGCCACCCCCAGCGCAUGUGGCAGAAACGAAAGUCCAGGCGGGCGCUUUUCCUGUCGGAGAUUUGGGCCUCAGCGGCGUCUUUGAGCCGCGGCGCCACGAUGCAAGCGGACCGCGAGGCGGCGGAGGCGAUUGGCGGCAUCGAUCCCGUGGCUGGGGGGCUGGUGCUCAUCCAUGGUACCGCCUCCCAGCACCGGCGCCUGAGACGGGGUGAGCUGACGGGCCUCAUCGAGGACUCCCAGGCAGACUUCCCUACACGAAGGCGCUGGCCGUUUUGGUUCAAUGCCUUUGUCAAGGCCCAGAUGGAGCCAGAGCUGGUGCUGCGCCUGGCCGAGCUCGCAGAUUGGGCCGACCAGGAACAAUGGUCCGGCCGUCUCGAGGGCUACCUCCAAAGGCACCAGCAGCGCAGCAGGCGAGCUGAGGCUGGAGAUUCGGACGCCUCGCAGCAAGGCCAAGCCUUCCAACUUGAGCCCAGGAAGAUCGCGCGGUCGCGGAGUUUCAAUCCCAAGCUCGCGGGCGGAUGGCUUCGCUGCCUCGUGGCGGCGGCGUUGCUGCUCUCCACCUGGGCAUUUCUGAUCAUCAACGUCGUCGAGGUGCCGUAUCCUGCGGACGUCUUCAGAGCCAGAAUCAGUGAUCACCAGCUGGGGCCAUAUGACCACCUGAGCAUGGCCAUCACCAUCAUCAGCUUACAGAUCUCUUCUUUGGUGGCCGCGCUGCUCAUCAUCCGCUUUUGCACGAGCUGCCAACGGGAUUUCGCCGUUCUCGCGACGGUAGCAUGGUCAGCUCAGGGGUUGCUGGCCCUGAAGUAUAUGCUGCACUUCUGGGGCGUUGAGCGAUCUGCGAACGCCGUGGGUUUGCUCGGCUUUCUGGCGGUGGGAUGGCAGAUGGAGUUGAUGCUCAUCAAGUUAGUCGUGGACUGCGAGAACGUGCUCUUCCGCAGCUUCGGGGCGCGGCGCCUGCUGCGGGUCCUCUACUGGGAGGCCGGCUGCAUCGCUGCCAUGAUCCUCCUUGCCAUAUCCUACGAUCUUUUGCCCCCAGAGCCACCGCUGGAGUUCCAGGUGGUGAGCUCGCUGGUCUUUUGGUCGGGCCUCUUCUUUGAGCUCUACUUCUGGGGAUUCAUGACCUGGACCUUGGGGGAUCUGGCGUGCGAGGUUGAGAAGGCGCACGCGGUGUCCAAGGAUGAGGACAACGCGGCCUUCCGAGCCAGCAGGAGGGUGCGCACCUGCCAGCGAAGCGUCAUGUUGGUGUGCUUCGCCCGGAUCUCCAACACCGCCCACAUUUUGCUCUUCGCGGGCUAUCUUUGGCCGAUCCCUGCCUCUUUGCGCAAAGACGUGUACCGCAUCACUGGGAACAGCCACGCCGCCUACCUCUUCGUAGACUCCGGGCUUUGGGCCAACGUGUGGUACCUGACUAUUACGCUGAGCUGCCUAGUGAUCUUUGGAGCGCCCUGGGCGGCUAAGGCUUUGAAGGACGAGGAGGAGCGCCGCGCAGCCCGGCGCAAGCAGCGCCAGGCCUCCUACGUCAGCAACCCCGCGGAUGACUGGCAGCGGCAGGUGGAGGAUUUAGCCCGGCGCGCCAUCACCUUGGACGCGCUGCUGCGCUUCUACCAGGGCCUCGGCAAGGAGUACAUGACCCACUUCGACCCCUCCUGGCACACCACAGACGACAUCGUCCGCCAGGUGAUCAUCCCCUUGUCGAAGGAAGAGGGCUCGGAUAUGGCCAAAGUGCUGAUGAAGGGGCAGAGGGUGCGGCCGGCGGCCAUGGUGACCCACACGUGGCGAGCGCGGUUCCGGGAUCUGGUGGCAGCAGUGGUGGCGGAUGCGCUGCACGAGACGGAGUACGGCCGAAUCGCGAAGCUGUUAGACGCCGACAUGGCCUUGGUGAGGCGAUGGCUGCGGAAGACAUCAGAGCUGCAGACUACCUAUUGGAUCUGCGCCUUCUGUGUGAACCAGCACGCCAGUAUUUGCACUCCCUCUUGGCCCAUCUUGGAUUCUUCCGGCAAGGAGGUUCCAGGCUGCGGGUGUGAACACCCCAAGUUCUUCAACACAGAUCAACCCUGCCGAAACGGCAUGAGCAUCCCCUGCGAGAUGAACAAGUUCUCGGAUAUGAUCGGCUGGCUUGCAGCCACUGACAGUACCUUCAUCCAGGUCAUUGCGACCGAUUCGGAGAUGGAGCUGUUUACCCGUGCCUGGUGUGUGGCGGAAGUCGCCGAGGCUUAUAUGAUGGGGGUUGGUCAGAAGUUGAAGAUAGAGAGCCAGGCAGCUCUCAAGCAGCGUUCGGCUGAGAUGAAGAAUUUGCGGAUCGAGGACAUGAAGGCGUCAAGGGUAGAAGACGUCCAGGAGAUUUUGGACCGCAUCCCGGAGAAGGCUGAGUUCAACCAGCAGCUCCAGCACCUCUUCGGGAAGCUUUUUCGGAACCUGUGGCAACUGCAUCCCUCGGAGAGGGUCAAGAUGGCGUUUCGAGAAGUUCGUUGGAAGCUGACACUUCCGAAUGCCGAUGACAAUCAGCACGGCGAUGAUGAGAACGAGCUUCAGAACGCAGAUGUGUGA